AUGGGCAAAAUCAAUCUCACAGCCCUGCGGGUGCGACAAACCGCGCUCAGCCAAUUCGCCAGCGGAAAGACCAGCAAGCUGCCACAAUGGGUCGACGUCGUUGGUGACAUUCCUCCUGCCGAGACCCUCGUCCGUACUCGUCCUCCUCAGCACCAGCUUGUUCAACAGCGCCUGAAGACUAUUACUGGAACCACGAAGCCGCAGGUCGUCUUCCAAGUCCAAGAGAAGCGCCGGAAACCCAAGAAGCCCAGCCGCACCUUCAUGCCCGUCGAGCUCAAAUACGAAGAAGAUCAAUUGCGAACCGAAUUUUUCAGGGAUCACCCUUGGGAACUUGCCCGACCCCGUGUGCUGCUUGAAAGUACCGGUAAGGACUUUGAGCAUUAUGAUUGGAGCCGGAUUGAACAGCCCGGAAAGCGACUAGAUGGUGAAAGUGUUGUCCAGCGACAGCUGUGGCUCUUGAACAACGUCCCGGAUAUCAGCAAAAGCACCGCCUACGACAUCGCCCGCCGAGAAUUCUAUCGACUUCGACUUAAGGAAGAUAUCCAGCGGCGUGUUGCUGCCGAAGAGGCAGCCGCAUACGGCGCAGAAUUCGGACCAUCAUACAUGGACAUUGGUAUGCAGCAGGAGAGCGAGCAAUACGACAAAUGGGUUGCCUGGGCUCGUAACCAGGCACAGAUCCAGGGCCAACGGGCAGCAGCUCUCAGUGGUGCUCCAGAUUUGGGGACGGAGAAUGAGGUCGAUGCUGUCGAGGCUGAUGAGAGCGAGGAAGUGGCCACCCAGUAA